AUGAAAGUUAAAACAAUAAGCAGAUCAUCUGACACAUAUAUACCAGUGAAAAACACUCAAGAAUCAGCAUUGCCUCGUAACUUGAAUCCCGCCUUGCAUCCUUUUGAACGUGCUAGAGAGUAUACUCGAGCAUUACAAGCAACUAAAUUAGAACGGAUGUUUGCUCAACCAUUUAUUGGACAAUUAGGUGAUGGUCAUAGAGAUGGGGUAUAUUUUAUAGCUAAGAAUUAUCAAGCUACUAAUCAAAUUGCUAGUGGAUCAGGAGAUGGUAUAAUCAAAUAUUGGAAUUUGACUGAUCGAUUAGAAACAGCUAGUUUUAAAGCCCAUUACGGAAUGGUAAGUGGGAUUUGCAUAUAUGCUAACAAGAUGUAUAGUUGUGGAGAUGAUAAAACAAUCAAAAUAUGGUCUGUCAAUAGUGAUGAUUUUGAUGUUAAAGUUAAUGAUGAUGUUGAUGAAAUAUAUCAUAACAAUAGUAAUCUACUUGAAGGAAAAACCAGUGGUGGAUUAUUGAAAACAUUUAUUGGUGAGCAUUCAUUCAAAGGUAUUGAUCAUCAUCGUGAUGACGAUUUAUUUGUCACUGGAGGUGCCACUAUACAAUUAUGGGAUGUGAAUCGAUCAAAACACAUUUCCGAUUUAUCAUGGGGUGCAGAUAAUGUGGGCACAGUUAAAUUCAACCAAACAGAAACAAAUAUAAUUGCCAGCUCAGGAUCAGACAAUUCAAUUGUGUUGUAUGAUAUUAGAACCAAUACCCCUGUACAUAAAGUAGUUACAAGUUUGAGAAAUAAUUGUAUUACAUGGAAUCCAAUGGAAGCAUUCAAUUUUGCUACUGGGAAUGAAGAUCAUAAUGGAUAUCUUUAUGAUAUGAGAAAUUUGCAAAAGACCCUUAAAGUGUAUAAGGGCCAUGUUGGAGCUAUAAUGGAUGUUGAUUUUGCUCCAACAGGUCAAGAGUUAGUGACUGGAUCUUAUGAUAAAACAAUAAGAUUAUGGAAGACCUUGGAUGGAAGGUCCAAAGAUGUUUAUCAUACCAAACGUAUGCAAAAAGUGUUCAGUGUUAAGUACAGCACUGAUUCGAAGUACAUUAUAAGUGGCUCAGACGAUACAAAUUUGAGAGUGUGGAGAUCUGAUGCUUCCUCAAGAUCCAAUAUCAAAUCCAGUAGACAAAGAGCUAAAUUAGAAUACCAAGAUAAAUUGAAAGAAAGGUACAAAUAUAUGCCGGAAAUUAAUAGAAUUGCCAGACAUCGUCAUUUACCUAAACCAGUGAAGAAAGCUGAAGAUAUGAAAAGACUUUAUAGUAAAAAGUAG